AGAUGCUUGAGGCUGAUCUGCCGUCUUCCUGACUCAUCAAAUGUCGCAGAUCUCCGCCCAUCGAUGGUCUGAUGACGACGACGACGCGGCAGAUGCGGACCUGCCAGGCGUCCCCGUGGUGUACAGAAAGGGCCAGCGGGGCGACAGGUAUGUCAACGAGUACCUCGUCGACCGAUUCAUCGCCAGAGGCAGCUGGGCCCGCGUGAGGAAAGUCAAAAAGGCCGAUGAAAAGUACAAGGAGUAUGCGGCAAAGGUAUUCUAUGCCAGAGAUCAAGAUCAACAUGCAUGCGGUUGUUCAGAGGUGUGUGUGUGUGUGUGUGUUCCAUGCAGGUGUUCUUGCUGUCAUCGCUUCAGUCGAACCGGACGGCAGUGUAUGGCCCGGGCGGGCUCGUCAAGACCAAGAGCGCCCUCUCGAAGGUCGGUCAGACAUUCAUUGACACACACACAGAGGUGGUGCAGCAAACAAGUGGGUUGACUGACGUUCUGUGGCCGUGCCUUCUCAUGUCCAUCCAUGUCAGGUGCUCGAUGAGAUAGCGCUGCACGCGACACUCAGCCAUCCCAACAUCUGCCGCCAGAUGCAGGUGUGUGUCGGGGGAUUUUUCCAUCCAUUCAGGCAAACACACACACGUCUUUGCCUCUGUAUGUGUGUGUAGGUGCUGACGGACACUGACAAGGGCUACCUAUACGUCAUACUGGAGUACCUCGACGGCGGCCAAAUCAUGAAGUGGGACACCAAGAAGAUGGCCUACUCGGUGCCCAUGGACAACAAGGGGCAGGACCAGCCAUCGACAUCGAGCAGCAUAGGCGCAUCGGGCGCCCUGCUGCUGCCACAAACGAGUAGUGAUAAUGGCGCGGGUGGGAGUGAGGAGGAGAUGGCCGCCGCGGAUGGGAAGAAGGUCAUGGUGUACAGUGAGCACGCGGCGAGGCACAUUCUUGUCCAUGUAAGAAGACAGGAUGGAGUGGGUGAAUAUACAUGCAGUGGACUGACUGGUGGCUGUGUUGGUGUGUUGGUGUGUGUGCGCAGGUAGUGUGCGGGCUGAUGUAUCUGCGUCGCGUGGGUGUGGUACACAAGGACAUCAAACCGGAGAAUGUCAUCCUCACCAAAUCCAUCGCACAUGCGACAGGUAAGUCAGUCAACCCACCGACCACCCCACCACGCACCCCCACAUCGCCCUCCUCCCUCCUCCCUUCACCACCCCAGAUGCCGUCCGCGAGCUGAUGCUCCCCUCUGACGCUCCCCCAGCCGACCGACAAGACCCACCACGACCCCCCGCCCCUAUCAGCCUCCCGGCCCCCCCUGCACCCGCCAUCCAACACGACGACCAUGAAGAGGACGAUGGCAGUGACGGCCGCAGCUGGGGCGGCGACCCCCUGGAUGACGACGACAUGAUGGAAGAGGACGAUGCGUGCGGGUCGUCCGAUGACGAGAUGGGGCUGCGGGGGGAUGAUGACGACUUUUGCUGGGAUGACGCGCCUAUCGUGGCGGAGACCGAGAUAGAGCGAUUAGGACAGACGGCACCCACGGCGGCAGCGACAGGGGCAGGGGCAGGGGAGGUGCGGCAAGAGGGAGGGGGAGGGGGAGGGCAUGGAGGAGGGCAGGAGUGUGUGAGUGAGAGGCUGGGUGGUGCGUGUGGGUGGAUGGCCAAGAUAGUGGACUUCACCACUGCCGAGAAGAUGGACCAAGAUGGACACCGAUUUUACGACGCAGGUGGGGCGUGACUAACACAAUAGAUCUGGGUGGCUUCGUGUAGGUGCAUCCAUCUGUCUGUGUGUGGUGUGGUGUGGUGUGGUGUGGUCUGGUGGUGUCUGAGAGCAGACGGCACCCACCUGUUUGGCAGCCCUGAGUUGUUUGACUCGAACAAGUCUCAGUGCGGUGUAUUGGGGCCGCCACGGGACGUGUGGGCUCUGGGGUGCACACUCUCCUGCAUGCUCUUCGCAAGACCGCCGUUCUGGUAGGGAUGUUUGCCGCCUGCACACACACACACACACAUGCACGGCCUGGUGGGCGGACGCGUCAUUGAUGGGAUUUUUCUCUCAGGCACGAGACCCCACUUGCAGCCCAGUUUAGCCUCCUGCAGGACCCCCUGGUCAUCCCGUCCAAGCCGCCAAUCACAAACGAAGCCAGAGACCUCAUCACGUAAGCCGACUGACCCCACACACCGGCCGACAGACCGUCAAGCGCUGUCCGUGUUUCCGUCUGUCUCCUGUCUUCUUUCCCCUCCCUCAUCAGCCGCUUGCUGGACAAGGAUCCGUUGAGUCGAAUCAAGGUGGAGGACAUUCUGUCGCACGAGUGGUUCAGGCCGCUGGUUGUGGCACUGGAGGGGCGACAGGACAGUAGCAGUAGCAGCAGCAUUAGCGGGAUGUGUACAGUCAAUGGCAACAACUAGCUCUGUU